CACCUGCAGGAGUCGGACGGCAGCUCGCGGAAAUCACUUCUACUGUCUCUGGCAUCAUGUGGGCGCGAGCUGUGCUGUGCGUGGCGCUGUUGUGCGCGCUCUGUCCGGCGGGAAGGACGGAAGCCGAGAGGGACGAGAGAGACGUCCUGGACUACCGUUACAACUCCAACAGACUGCUCGGCGAUCUGCAUGAAGUGCUGGAGAAACUGCAGACCAAGAGGAUUAGUCCCUGGGAGAAGAAAUAUGGGCAGGUCCCCUCUUGCGACCUGGGAGAACACUGUGCCAUCAGGAAAGGAUCUCGGAUCGGGAAAAUGUGCGACUGUCCUCGAGGAGCUUUCUGCAACUUCUUCCUGUUGAAGUGCUUAUGAGCUGAUCAGAUACCACAACAAGAAUAUAUUUUAAAAUGUAUAUUUUCCAGUACAGAUAUAUAUAUAAAACAAAGUUAUAAGAUGUAAAGUGCCCUCAGUGUGGAAUAAAUCCUUUUUGUGUGGUGCUGUGUUGCAUUAAGGGUAUUUUAUGUAUCUUUUUUCAAGACUUCUCACUAUUAUUAAUGUACCUCUGUGGAUUUGUUGUGUUGUGAAUAGAGAUGUUUUUUUAAAUAAACACUUACACAAUCACA